UAAUAUCACUAUCGAUGCAAGGGGAAAUGCAUUUCAACUUCAAGCACUAGUUAUAAAAUGAGUUAAAUCUAGUUUAGAAAACUAAACAUACAUCAUUACAGUUGUCAAACGUUACAAGGUUAUAUAUAUAACUUCACUUCCGGUAUGGGACGUUUGUCGAUAAGCAAUUAUAGUUGUUUGCUUCCUUAAUAUGGCGCUAAAUUAUUUGUAUAUACCUUAAUGCUGGUGUUCUAGCUAUAAAUCUGCUAUUUUCCGGAAGAAGUCGAUUGUAGACAGUAUUUGGUAUGUUAUGGGGCUUUACGAUGUGGUGAUUCUAUACAGUGUUGGAUGAGUCAGGGGAUUGACUUAGACAUGUUGGACCUGACAACGUGACGAUUUUCGAAAAUGCAGUGUAUGUUAUGGGUUUGGCGAUCUGGAGAUUUAUUUAGACAAUAUCGGGUAUGUGUUAUGGACUUCACAAGAUUUUCGAGAUUUUAUGCAACAUUGGAUACACAUAUGGGGUCCAACGAUUUUGAGAUUUCAGACAAUAUUGAGUGUGCGUUAGUGACUUUACGAUUUGGAUUUUAAAGACAAUGUUAGAUGUGUCCUGGGAGUUUUACGAUGUGGGGAUCUUAGACAUUUUUAAAGGCAAUUUCGGGCGGGUGUUUGAGGCUUGAGGAUGUGAAGAUAUAAGACAAUGUUUGGCGUGUGUAAGAGGCUUGGCAAUGUGAAGAUCUAAGAUAACGUUGGUUGAGUUAGGGCUUGACGAUGCGAGACUGUCUUACUUUUAUUCAGCAAAAAACAAAAAAAAAAAUGAAAGAAAGAAAGCAUAUUAAAGAAACCAUGAUAUAUUUGAAGAUUCAUUGAUGUUGGAAUUUAUUGCUUACAAGAUCAGUUACCUCAGCUUGAGAUGAUGACUUUAUCAAAUAACUCGAGUCUUUUUCCGGAAACGAAUAACCGAACCCUGUAUAUGGAACAUACAAUAGCGGUUUAUGUAUGGACAUUUGUUCCACCAUUGAUUAUCACACUAGGAACUGUGGGCAAUUUGACAACAAUUAUCGUGUAUGCCAGACCGUCAAUGAGGAGCAGCGCUUUUGCAAUCUACGCAGUAGCUUUGGCAAUAUCAGAUACAGUUGCUCUGUAUUCUGGUAUGCUGUUUGAUUGGUUGAUGUUAGCAUUUGACGUAAACAUCAGUUUUAGAAGCUCUUUCGGAUGUAAGAUCGUAUGUUGGCUAGUUUAUACCUCCGUGUGUUAUUCAGCUUGGAUUAUUACAGCAAUAACUGUUGAAAGGGUAGCUCUUGUUUGGUUUCCACUUUGGUCAAGACGUAGAAAUGACAAGAAGUUCUCGAAAAAAUUGAUUGUCAGUAUUUUUGUUUUCUGUAUGCUUUUAAAUUCGCACUUGCUGUAUGGCAUUGUCCUUGACACUAGACAAUCAAUAUUUCAUAGAAAGUGCAAUACAGUUGAUGAAAGCUAUCAAAUAUUUUUCCAACACGUGUGGCCAUGGAUUACUUCAAAUGUGUUCUGUUUUGUGCCUUGUUUUCUCAUUAUAACAUGUAAUAUGAUGAUAAUUUUCAAGAUGUUAAAAGGUCCUAAUUACACAUGCAGAAGUUACAGACCGAAUCCGUUUUCUCCAAGAAAUAUCUGCAUGAAAGAUCAGAGGACAGUGAUUAUACUUCCGCUACUGCUCACAUUAAAUACCGUCUUCUUAAUAACUACGUUACCUUUAAAUAUAUAUUUGCUAAUUCUAAAGUUUACAGACGUGUUAGUAAGUGACGUGUAUUCAAAAAAGGAAACGCAAAACUAUCUUUGUUGGACAAUACUAAACAUGCUUUUGUUUUCGAAUAACGCAGUCAAUUGCAUUUUCUACUGUUUAAGUGGUUCCAAUUUUAGGAAAGAACUGAAGGCGAUGUGCUGUAAUAAAGGGUUCCAUUGAAUCUCGUAUACAAAACAAUGCAAUAGUUUUAUCAGAACUUAGUGUGAUAUUUUGUUGUUGUUGUUUUUGUUAAAAUUUGAAAAAGUUUGCAGUUUUGAUAUACUACCAUACCUUUGUUAUCUGUCUGUUGAAAAGUUGAUGCAUAUUUUCGGACGAGUAAUAUUGUUAGCUGCCUUUUAUGUAAACGACUAACAGAUAUAACGCUCUAAACAUGCGUAAGGUAGUUGCCUUUCUCUUUAUUAAAACGGAAGACAUUCAUAGUUAUAUUCAUUUUUACAUUAUAUUGCUUUGUUUAAAAAGAGACAGUUCCUUUUUAGACUUCCAUACAUAAGAUAUCAUGAAAUGUAAGCAAUUUAAAAGUAUUGCAACAGACAAUUCAGUAUUCAAAUCGUAAACGCUUUAAAACAUUCAGUGAUAGUGUCUUUUUUUUCUUUUUUGUGCAACAUACUUAUGUCUGAAAUGAUUAUCACGUUUCGGUCAUUCAAAAAACAAUUCACCACAACCAUGCCAUUAUGGAAUAUCAGUAAAUUCAGUUCUUUAUUAUAAGAUCAAUGCCGUGCGUAUUUUAAACCACAUUUAAAUAUUGCAAUCUUUAGUCAGAUAUGACGUUUUAGCCCUUGCAUUGUCAUUUCGAUACAUAAGAAAUCUACAAUUAAUUGUUAUGAUAAUGUAUAUGCAUCUUCUAUUAGAUAAGAUACGUAAAUAAUUCUGUGUGUUUUAACAAAUAUACAGGCAUUUUAUUCUGUAUGAAUCCGAAUAUCUUCUAGGUGACUAAUUGACGGGAUUACUACGCAUGCGGUUAGACAAAAGUAUGUCAUGUGAGAAAAAAUUAGCUGACGGAUUUUUAACAAUAAACAUGGUAGCAACUGAAAAACAGCCUAUCCAAUCGAGA